CUUCAAAUAUGCUUAUAACGUAUUGAAAACACGAUAAAGACAAAAAUGACUAUUUGAAAAAUCGAGACGAUUUAUGUUAGUAUGUAACCCCACGGCACUUCCCUCGAUCGUUUUAUACAUAACACCUUCCAGUUCUUAUAUCAUAUUCAUCGUCAAUCAUUUUCGGUCAAUAUCUAUAACAACCAGUUAUUACAAAUGCGUGCUGCCUAGCUUCUCCAACGUAACUCGCCAUUAUUCCGACGAUACAUAAAUUUUAUAAGGUGAAUUGAAGAAUCCACACCCGCAGUUAAGAACUUGAAUUUUUCUCUUCUUUGGAUCAUCACGAUGAAGAAGUACGACGCAUUGCGGGCCAGGAGGUUGAUGAAGUACGAACAGACCAAAUGGAGGAUAACCUGGUCAAUGAUCACUGGCUUCUUCGUUUGCGUCAGAUUCUCUCAAUACGGUAUUAUAUAUUCUUUUCUAUUCUUCCAUCAGCUAUACCCUUGUGCUGUGCAUUCAUGCAUGUGCGUUGUUGAUAUGACUUGAAUCGGAUUAUAUAUAUGCAUGUCGUCGAUCUUACUUUGUAUGCUGCAUGUUGGUCUGGAUGCAGUUGAUCAGAUCGGACCUCUGGGAGUUGUUGAUGUUAGCAAGACCAGCGAGUGUAGCGUAUCCUCAAAUUACUUUACUCUUCAAACUUUUGAGGUUUAUUUUGGCAUAUAAUUAAAGGGAGCGUUUUUGGGUAGAGGAAUGAUUGACUGACACAGUUUCCCUUGGGAUGAUGAUCGAUAACCUGUGCAGACACAGAAAUCAUAAACAUUGUCGCAACUGCACAAGAUUAUACAAGCAACUCCACUCAGCUAACGCCAAAAGCUGAUCAGAAUCAUUCUUACAGAAAAACACAAGGUGAGGAAGUCCAUGAAUCGGCUUUCGUUUGAGGGGGCGUGUAAUGAAGUGGUUAAGUACCAUAUAUGAGAUUGUAUAAGAUCCAGCAUACCCUUCUCCCAACGACUCAAGUUAAUAUGAGUGCUUCUAACCUUUCUCAGAAAACUCAACCGGUAAUGAAGCCCGUGUUGACGCGAGGAGCUCCGAACAGCAAACCAUUCUGCAGGAAAGUCAACCACUACAGCCACAAGAUCAAUCCCGGCAGCAAGGCAUUCUGGAGGACAGUCAACGGCCACAGCCAGAAGAAUCCCGACAGCAAAUGAUUCUGCGGGAAAGUCAACCACUACUGCAAGAAGAAUCUGUGAAACGGGACACUGAAACGACGAGGAUCGAUGACAGAACCAGUAGCAUCUCUACUGUGGAAACGAGCACGACCAGCGGCAACGAGAAAGAUGGAAGAAUCGGAAUGGAAUCGGUGGAGGAGACUCCACCACUUGCAAACGGUACCAGCAGUAGUUCUCAGCCUUUAAAGGAGGAGGAAGCAGAGGUUACUACGGUCAAACAGAACGAAAUAGCAAUCCCGCCGCCGGCGGUAUGCACCACCGGCGGUCGGUCAGACUUCUGCGACUUACGAGGAGACAUUAGAGUCGACCCAAACUCAUGGACUGUUUACUACGUCGCCACGUCAGAGAAUGAUACAAUCCACCUGUCCCCUGAAAACGGCAACACGUCGUCGUUCAGCGUCAGGCCCUACGCGAGAAACGACGAUCCCUACGCAAUGGCGACCGUAAGAGAAUGGUCACUAAAAAUGGUGCCGCCGAGCGAUCCGGACCUGCCGUUCUGCUACGAAAUUCACGACGACGCCGGCGUGAUCUUCUCACUUGCUGGGUACGCCGGGCACCGAUUUCACCUCUUCACCGACGUCCUCGUCCCUCUUUUCGCCACCGCUCGUCCCUUCGAGGGGGAAGUAGAGCUUUUGGCGACGGACUAUCAGUCGUGGCUGGUGCCCUUGCUCAAACCAAUAACAGGAGCACUAUCCAGGUACGAAGUGAUCGACAUCGACAAAGAAAGGCAGGGCGAAAAAACACACUGCUUCUCAACCCUAACCUUAGGCCUAAAAGGUCGCCACCUGAAAGAACUCAGCAUCAACCCGCUCCAAUCUCCAUACAGAAUCAAAGACUUCAUCCAUCUCUUAAGAACCGUCUACUCCUUAAACAAAACAACCACCACCACCACCACCGCCGCAACCAAACCCCAACCACCGGGAGACAACAACAAAUCAUCUGCAGCUGCAGUUCCCCGACUUCUCAUCAUCUCUCGAAAGACCGUCCGCACGUUCACCAACCUCCGCGACAUCGCGAGGAUGGCGACGGGCCUCGGGUUCCGCGUCACGGUGGCGGAACCAUCCGCCAUGCAGGAUCUCCCCGCGUCGGCUCGCGUCGUGCACUCGUGCGACGUCGUGUUGGGAGUCCACGGGUCCGACCUGACGAACGUGGUUUUCCUUCCGGACGGCGCCGUUUUCAUCCAGGUCGUGCCCGUGGCGCUGGAGUGGUGCGCGAGGACGUUCUACGAGGAGCCGUCGACGGACAUGGACGUGAGGUACCUGGAGUACAGGAUCGGAAGGGAGGAGAGCAGUUUGGCGGGGGAGUACGCUGAGGACGACGCCGUUUUCACCGAUCCGGCGUCGUUUGAGAGGAAGGGGUGGGGGGUGUUCAAGUCGAUUUACUUGGAUAACCAGAACGUGACGAUUGACACGCAGAGGUUUCGGCCGACGCUGCUGAAGGCGCUGGCCAUGUUCUCGCAGCCCAACCGGACGUUCAAUUGGUGAGGAUGCGCUUGCAUCGAAUUCAGUAGGAACAUGCAUGAUGGUGCAAUUAUCAUAAUUGUGUACGUAGCUCCACAUCCUCCUCAACACCUAGCUAGGUGGGGUGUGAAUCAUAUUGUAUUGUGAGUGCCGGAUCCGUCGUUCCGCCGUUGUGAUUUUCCCGCCUCUUGUCUAGGAAUCAAUUAUUCAAACACUCAGCCACUGUACAACAAGUUGAUUGGUGAAGUCCAUUUGCUGUUGAAAUUUCUCUUUAAUGUUAGGGAUUCGGUUCCUUGUACAAUGACUGGGCCGGCGGGCAUCAUGCGACUGGUUCAGUCAGCUGGGCCUAGACUCUGAUCCAUUAUUGGUGCGUUCGACUUUGAACUGGCCUCUUAUCCAUCACUGAUGCGCUGAAAUUGAUAAUGGAUGGGGGAGAUAUGGGCCUUUGGUCUCACCGCUUGGCUGAUUGCGGCUUCCAGUACGGGGAGCAUUAGCUGCAGGCUUCGGCCCAACAUGAGACGCACAUGCGAUCGUGAUGCUUAAUAGGCCGGCAGCCCAGUCGUGGCCGAAAAAAGGUUCCCAAGUUGACACGUCCGGUGGGUGGGUGGGUGGGUUGGUCGGUCUUUCUUUCCGAUGCUGUAAUCACGGCAUAAUCAUGCGCCCCCCAUCGCCAUCGCCAUCGCCAUCGCAAUCAAUUUGAAAAAUCGAG